AUGACAGAAUGCCCUGAGACCAUCCCAUUACCCGGUAUCGCCGCACUGCCACCAACAACAACGAGACAGAUCGGCUCUGGUCAAGUGCUUGUCGAUACCAGCCCAGUCGUCCAAGAACUUAUAGAUAACGCGUUAGAUGCGCGAGCGAAGAGCAUGUUCGUGGAUAUCACGCCGAACACGAUCGAUCCAAUUCAAGUCAAAGAUGACGGACAUGGCAUACCAGCGGAAGAUCGCCCUCUCGUUUGUCGUCGCUACUGUACUAGCAAAAUCAGAGACUUUCACGACUUGAGAAACGUCGGAGGCAAGUGGCUUGGAUUCCGUGGUGAGGCACUAUCAAGCAUGGCGGAGAUGAGUGCCUCUCUUGAUGUCACUACUCGAGUAGAAGGAGAGCUAGUCGCGGUCAAAACCAAGUAUAAUCGUAAUGGGGAGCUGGCUUCCACCGUGCACGACUCACAUCCCGUUGGUACGACUGUCAAAGUGACUAAAUUCUUCGACUACAUACCAGUCAGAAAGCAGACGGCAUUGAAGAACUCAUCGAGAUGUCUUGCAAAGAUUCGGCGGUUGAUGCAAGCAUAUGCACUCGCCAGACCUACUACACGCUUCAGGCUCCACGUGCUCAAGGCGAAAAACAGCAAUAGCGACUUCGUAUACGCCCCAAAAGCCAAUGCAAACAUUGAAGAUGCUGCCUUAAAAGUUGUUGACAAAGAAUGCGCCCUUCAGUGUGAGUGGACUGCGAUGGAAGCAGACGGUUUCGAGGUCCAUGCUUUCCUUCCCAAGCCGACUGCAAACGGGUUGAAAAUCUCAGGUCAAGGCGCCUUUGUCUCUGUUGAUGGAAGACCUCUAUCCAAUAGUCGCGGAACCAUCAAGCAAAUUGUUAUGGCCUUCAAAGAGCUACUCCGCAAGUCGAACUCAUCCCUCGCGGAGCCAGCGAAAGAUGAUGUCAUGUUUGAGAAUAGUGAGGUUGUCUUGGGCGUGUUUGAUAGGCUGCUGACGUCUUAUUAUCCUGAAGCAGUUGACAACGUUAGCGAGGAGGAGCCACCAAUGUCUGCCCAACAGCAUCUCGACCCUUCACCUGAGGCACUGCAACGUUCUGAUAGGACUUCCAUCGCAGCAAAAGAGUAUGCUAUCCAGGGCCCGGACGAUGGGCCCAAGUCUCGAGCACAGCCGCGAUGGAGGUCAACCAUGUAUGGCAUCGACGAAGAUGACAUGGAAUUUCUGGAGGAAAGCCAAGCCCCGGCGAUCGAUCAAGAAGAGGGAAUUCGCGCAGUCGAGGUGUCAAACCCUUGGACUAUCGCUCGGAUGAACGCAGCGAUUAAACCAAAGCCAGUCGCUGACAACGGACAAUUGCUCAGUCCAGCUAAAAGCCAAAACGGUGUUGCCGCACGCUCUAGCUCCCCGAACCCUUCUGUCACUCCCAAUAGACCGUCUUCUGCGAGGCCUCUAACCCCACAGACGUCAUUGAGAUCGACCGUGGCAAGGCCACCAUUAGAUGAGGAGCUAGAGCGCAGUUUUCAACGUCUUUCUCAAGGGCCUUCAGAAGCCGAUGCAUUUGACGAUGGAAGAGAAGAGAGGCUAGCAGAACAGCGACAUAACAACCUCAUGUUACCUUCAGUCGGGACUCAGAGGUCAAAUCAUGCCGCUCCUGCAGACUUCCAACGAGCGAGCUUGAUGUUUCCACAAUCCAGUCCGGCAUCGCAGGACAUGUCUCUUCCAGCACCACCAGCUCCUCCAAAAACGCAACGCAAGCGACAGGCCUAUGCUAAUAAGCCCGUAAUUGAUGGGGACUUUGAAACUUUCCUGGACGGCGUGGACGAGAAGACGGUUAUGCGGUGGGUUAUACAGGUUGAUGCGUGUUUGGAGAGCAUGUAUGAGAGGGUUGGUGGUGCAGAUGUGAGAGGUGUGUUGCAUGAGGGCGUUCAGAGGGGGUUUGAUAGUGUGGUUGGAAGUAUGGGGGAAGGUAGUGUGGAGAUGGAGAGUAUGGGUGGUUCUGUUGUUAGAGAUGCAGAUUCGCCGAGUUUGUAUGGCGGAGAGGUGGGUGUUGGAGGUGGAGGUGGGAUGAGGGGCGAUGGUUACGGAGUUGAGCGACUGGGUAGUGGGAUGAGUGGUGGGAUGAGGGUUAGUGUGGAUGAUCAGGAGGUGGGGGAAGAGUACGAUGAUGGUGUGGAGGAUGAAAUGUUAAUGGACUUUUGA